AUGAAUCGGCAUUGGUGGCUGUGGGCGACGGGAUCGGUGACCAGGCUGUCAAUCAAGAUGCACGUGCCUUUAAGAUCCAUGCUGAGUGCCAUUGCGCACAAGUUUGUGAGCGCCCAACACAUUGCUUUCGCCUUUCCCGGUUGUGUCCAUGGACGCGACCUGAUGGGGCUGGAGCAGCUGCAGCGUUUGACAGACAUUGAUCUGUCAGCGUGUGGCGAGCUGGGAAGGGAAGUAUUGGAGUACGUCGGGCAGCUGAGAAACUUGCGCUGUUUGCACUUGAGAGCAAGCCUGGGCGGCAUCACCAACUCCGGAUGGGGCCGCGUGGGCCGGUUGCCGUCGCUGACUCACCUCGACCUGGGCCGGACCCGGAUGACCACAAACGAGUUUUCUAUCCUUGGUAACAUGACCAGCCUCACACACCUGCUUCUGCAAGAAUCCGAGCUUCUGUCUGAUCAUAGUUUGGAGCUGGUGGGAAGGUUGAAGCUGUUGCGAACUCUGUCCAUCUCGGCAUCUGGUGAAUUCAGCGAUGCUGGGUUAGGGCAUGUGGGGCGGCUUACAGACCUCAAGCAUUCGGACGCAUCCUCACGCAACAGGGUCACAAACAAUGGAAUGAGCCAAUUGCUUGGGUUGGCUGCACUCACUUACCUGGGCUUGUCUUUCUGCGAUGUCAGUGAUCCUGGCUUGAGGUGCGUGGGAAGGAUGACGACGCUGGCAUGGUUGGACUUGACCUACACGCCAGUCACUGAUGACAGCCUUGCUUCUAAGUCGGCUUUGACGUCGCUGAAGUGGUUUAAACAUACCCGGCUGUGGACGGGUCACGGACUGAGUUUGGGAGUACAUAGGCAGAUUGUCGGCUUUUGA